ACACUGAAAAAAAUGAUUCAUUCAAUUUAAUAAAUUUUUUUAAGGUAAGUGGUUGCAAUCAAUUUAUUUAAGUUACAUUUAAACAAAAAAGAUUAGUAACGUAAAAUCAGCGAGAGUUGAAAAAUGUUCAACUUUGGAUGAAAAGCUCCGCUCGUCAAUGUCAGUUUUCACGCGGCCGCCCUAUCACAGUGGAGGAGGGGUGGGACCAACCAACCGUCUCACAGCUGACGUAUUAGAGCUACCAAAGUGCUUAGCUGAAAAAAACUGGCACUCAGCUGAAAAACAGCUAGCAUUCGGUGUUGUCCAGGUGUUUUCAGCUGGGUUUUUGUGUGCACAACCCCUCAGCGCAGAAAAAAGGCCAGCUGCUGGCUUUUUUGAAAAGAGGCGCACUUUCAUUGGAAACAAUCGAAAACAUAACCCGGCCGCUGGUGUAAAUGCUUUGGUGUGCAUGCCCCCUAACCUCAGAAAAAAGGCUACUAACCAACAGCACUACAUUGUACAAGUUAAUACGUUUUCAAAUUUGUCAUACAUUUUCUUUGGGGGGCCACAAGGGGGGGCGGCACCAUUUAUUUAAAGUGUGAAUUGAAAUAACCCAACAUUUUGGUUUGAACCAACCUAGCAUAAGUUAAUUUUAACCCUGUUGUUGGGUUUGUCCAUAUUUUAACUGACCAUGAGUUGAAACAACCCAGCAUUUUAAAAAUGUAUGAUUUAAGUUAAUGGUUGUUGUCUUUUAAAGAAAUAUUACCUAGACGACUUAAUUACUAAUGGCAAUUUAGUAGCUUUUAUAAGUUGUAAUGCAAGUUUAAAACCGGAUUAUAGUUAAAUGCUCAUUUGUUGUUCAGAUUUUAGUUAUAGGUGUACUGCAGAUGAUUCACCUGUAGGCCUAUAUAUGCAACAGAGUGACAAAAUGAUCUCACUUCACAACUACCUAUACAUAGAGACAUCUGCUUUGUUUUAAAGUUUGUUUUUGUUUGAACAUGUUUUAAAAGUUUUGUGGAUGUUUAGCGACACACAUUUGUACUUCCUGACUUUGAAAUGUAAGUCUAGAUUUUAGAUUUGCAUGUUAAUAUCAUGUUUUGGUGUGGAAGUAGUUUUCAUAAUACUCUGUAUUUCUCUUUUUAUUUAGAGUUUAUAUUUUUGUAAUACAGAAAUAUAUAUGUAUAUAAAAUCAAAUUACAGUUAAUUUGUUGAGCAUAUAAGAGGUGUAUAAACUCAAGUUGUUUAUAGAAAAAUGUAAUAUAUUAAAAAAGACACAAAUGUUAUAGUAUUUAAACUGCAUGUUUUAUGUAUGUGCAAGUAUGUUGCAUAUUAUAUAUCUGUUGAAUCUAUAUAUGAAUAUAUUUGAUAUGUUUACAUGUACCAGAUUUUUGUAUGGUUGCUUUUUCUAUUUUGCACUUAUUUUAAUUCAAAAUGUCACAUUCAUUUACAUUUGUCUUUGUCAGUGUAUACGGUUUAAUUUACAGAGACAUCUCAGAAGAGUGACAAGACAUUGAGAGAAAGAGUCACAGUUAUAGCAGGAUAACAUGUCUGCACUCGUCUCCGAAUAUUUUAAAUUUAUUUCACUCAUCCUCAAGAAUAAGCAUACAGCCAUUAUAAAUGGCCUCAUUGGUUUAGGAACAGUAAUCAGUCAAACAGCAUACAACAUCUUAGCUUUUAACUGUCCAUGUUCACCAAAGAAGAAUUACCUGUACGGCCUAGCAGCGAUUGGUGUGCCCGCCCUUGCUUUCUUUGUUAUUGGGGUGAUGCUCAAUAGAAACACCUGGGACGUUGUGCAUGAGUGUCGCACAAGAAAAUGCCGAAAACUGUCUGGGACUGCUGCUUUUGCCCUGGUGGGCUCCAUUGUUGGGAGAGCAGUGGUUGCUCCGGUCACCUGGUUUGUGUUUUCCCUCCUGAGAGGAGAAGCGUAUGUCUGCGCUUUUAGUGAGUUUAUAGACCCCUCCUCUUUGGACAAUUUUCCUCCAACUACAGAAACUCCAGAAAUCAUGUCCAGGUUUCCAUGUAAGGAUUUACCUGCUCCACUGAUGAAUUUCACUGGAAAGGUUGAACGCCGGUUAAAGUAUGAAUCUCAGCUCAUUGGCUGGUUAAUGGUUGGGAUCAUCUCCCUCUCCAUCUUUCUGCUCCUCUGCAUAAAACAUUGCUGUUCUUCACUGGGUUUUCUGCAAGAGGCUUACUGGUCCCAGUACCGCUCCAGUGAACAAGCUUUGUUCCAGCGUACGGCUGAAGUACACGCUAAAUUAAACGCUGCUGAAAGUGUCAAGAGCUUCUUUGGCAUCGUGGAAUUGGAUAAUGAAGAGAAGGAGCUUUUGGCAAAGAAUCAGGGUGCCAGGAAAGUCAUUCCCAGUCUAGACUGGAACCGGAUCACGGGGGUUUACAUGUAUAGAGAGAUCAAUGAUGCACCCAUGUAUAGCCGCUUAAACAAAUGGGCCCAUUACACAAAUGAAAACAAGGAAUUACCAAAGUAAAUGGUCAUGUUAGAAACCCAGCUUUGAUCGAUUGCACAUUUAAUUUUCUCUUUGGUAGCCUGCAUUAUGCCAUCUGAAUCUUUCAUUUUU